GUUAGGACCUUCUUUUUUAAAGUAGAGAACCAGGGCAGAGCAUAUGCUGAUGCUGGUGGGUCGGAGGUGGCUCAGCUCUGGCUUGGCACGGCGUGCCUUGCAUCGCAAUCCACAUGAGAUGACCCUGUUCGAAAUGCUGGGCUGCACCAAUCUUCGCAAGAGUACGCCCGAGGACUAUCGAAUCUUGCGCGAGAUCGUCAACUCCUUCGAGCGACACUCCGGAGUGGGCAACGAUAUACAGCUCACCCUGGAAGAACACACGGCCAAUGAGCUGAUCAUGUGCGAAAAGAAACGGGAGUAUGAAAAGGGCAUCAUGGAUCCCUCGAAGUUUGCGCCGGGUCACCAUUUUUUCCAGGUGCUGAACAAGGUGAAGAAUUCACCACUCUUUCAGAUACUUAGGAAAAUGCCCAAAGGAGCAGCGCUCAAGACACACGACACUUCCAUGUGCAGUUCGAAGGUGGUGAUCGAGAUGACCUAUCGCGAGAACCUUUGGGUCUACACCACCCAGGCGGGAUGUCGGAUAAUGGCCUUCCGUUUCGCCAAGGAAAAGCCUAAGGAUGUUGAGCACGAGGAUGGCGAAUGGCAGCCCAUGGAAAAGCUUCGCGAGUUUCGUGGGGAGGAAAAUCUUAAGAACUAUCUGCGUGUCCGUCUCAGCAUGUAUCCUUUGGCCAGCUUCAGUACCAAUGCUCAUGCCUGGCGCCACAUGAUAGGUAUCUUCAAUCUGCUGGAUGGACUACUACAGUAUGCCCCCCUUUGGGGUGACUACUACUACAAUGCCCUCAAGGAGUUCUACGCCGAUGGAGUGCAAUAUCUGGAGGUAAGAACUAUACUCCCGGAACUCUAUUGCCUAGAUGGCAGCCGAUUGCCCAAACGCGAAACCGUUAGAAUCUACAAGGACACUCUGGAGCGUUUCAAAAAGGAAAAUCCGGGAUUUAUUGGUUCAAAACUCAUAUAUGCCCCAAUUCGACACGUGCAACCGGAAGUGGUGGGCCAGUAUGUCAAGGAGUGCACUGAACUGAAUAAAGAGUUUCCCGACUUUGUCAUCGGCUUCGAUUUGGUGGGUCAGGAGGACGUGGGCCACCCGCUGAGCAAGUUUGCAGAGGAACUCCUCAAGCUGCCCGACCACAUCAACUUCUACUUCUCCGCUGGCCAGACAAACUGGUAUGGAUCACACGUUGAUCAGAACCUUUUGGAUGCCAUUGUACUGGGCACUAAAAGGAUCAGUCAUGGCUACAGCAUUACCAAACACCCAGUUCUCAUGCGUCUGGCCAAAUACCUGAAUAUAGCCCUGGAAGUGUGCCCAGUGUCCAAUCAGGUGCUCCAACUGGGAUCUGAUUAUCGGAGUCAUCCGGCGGCCACACUGAUAGCCGAGAAUGUGCCCAUGGUGAUAAGCUCAGGUAAUCCAGGAUACUGGCGAGCGGCUCCUCUGUCGCACGAUAUUUACAUGGCCUUCCUGGGCAUAGCACCCAUGAAUGCUGAUCUGAAGUUCCUUAAGCGUACUGCCAAGAAUUCCAUAAGAUACAGUUCCCUGUGGGACGAAGGAAAGGCCGAAGCCAUGGAGAAGUGGAAGAAGGAAUGGGACGAGUGGAUCGGAGAUAUUGUUGCCCAGAAGGAAAAGGUUUUCAAGAAGGAAAAGAAUUAAUAUAGAAAAAGAGUAUUAGAGAUUUUUACAUUUGGAAAAGAAUGUGUCGUUUAGCAUAAACGGAUUUACAAAAUCAGAUAAUUAUAUUUUGGUAACAAGGUAGUUUUCUUUUGGCUUCAUAAAUGUUAAUAAUUGUAAAUUAUAUCCUAUGUAGAUCCUAAACCAAUAAAACAGUUCAAAGACCAAUGA